AUGAACCACAGUGGUUCACUUAUUCCAUCACCGUCUUCCCCAUCAACUCCCACAACACCUCAAUCACAAACAAGCAACUCGAGCAUGACACUAGCACCUCCCUCUCCCGGUCCAGCAAAGGUUGGAAAUAACACCUUUGUUCAUAAACUAUACAAGUACGGUUUCCAUAAAGUAAAUAAAUCACCAAGAGGCCACCGAACACUAGCCGAGAAUCAGAUUUGGGAAUUUUCACACACCAAAUUUCUACGUGGUCGACCCGACUUGCUAGAUGACAUAAAACGAAAAGCAAUGGAAUCAGAGACAUUACGAAGAGAAACAGGCGAUUUACAUGCUCAAUUAACCAUGAUGCAAGUAUCUCAAGCAGAUUUGAUGCAGCAGCUUGCACAAUUACAAGAAAACUUUACCGAAGUAAUUCGUGAGUUAUCGGAUACUAAACGUAAACAGUCAAUACAGCAGCAGUGUAUGAAGAGUAUGUGGGAAAUUAUGCAGCAGCAAGGAAUAUCUGCACAACUUCCUAUUGAGCUGAGCUUUUCUGAUACUUUUGACGUCAAAUCCGAGCCUGAUCGUCCCCCGAUAUAUAUCACAUCACCCGAGAAUCAAACGCCAUACUUGUACGGUCACGUACAAACACUCCCCCAGCGUCCUUCCACACCAUUAACAAUCAACACUAAUCUAACAACACAUUCGAGUCAUUCGAGUCAUCCGAGUCCGCGUGGGCAGAGUCCGACAGGAGGCAGAUUGAGCGUGCAGCUAACGGGAAACUCAUACUUGGGUGGACAUAGUCCUACGCACAGUCUACUGGCGGGUCAGAUACCACUGUCUCCCAAUUCCCUAAGCGCAUACACUACAGCGGUUAAUACACCCUUACCACCUAGUCCAUCACCGGGAUCUCCCAUGCCUAAUAUAAUUUCAGAUGAUGAUAUGGAUGGAGCAAGUAUCUAUGAUGUCAGUCACAGUGGAAGUCAUACACCAUCCGAGUAUGGGGAUGAUAUUUAUCAAUAG